AUGGCCACUGCUGCAGUAAUUGGACUGAAUGUAGGGAAGAGGCUCUUGAGUUCCUCCUUCUAUUAUUCUGAUCUUACAGAAAAGCUAUCCUCCAGCUGCGACCAUCCACUGUCACACCAUCAGGUUGCUUCAACGAAGAAUGUGAUCACUGCAAAGAAGUCAUCACAUUAUACCCCUAGUUUUCUCUCCAAUCGACAUAAACAAUCCAUCAAAGCUCUAAAAGAACAUGUAGAUACUGCUUCUGAUCCUCCAAAUGUAGAGGCACGCCUUCAGAGAUUCAACCAUGUGGAGGAAGAAAGUCCUGAUCCAGAACUUUCUUUGGAGGCUCUCCUCUUGUUACAGAAGUCAAUGCUUGAAAAGCAGUGGAAUCUGUCAACUGAGCAGGCAAUAGUAACUUCUAAAUUAAGAGAAAAAACUCACAAGAAGAUGCAGGUCAUUUGUUCUGGGAUCUCUGCUAGGAGGCGGAGAAAAAUUCUGAGCCAAAAAACUUCUACUAUGCAACUUAGUACAAGUAGACAGCUCAGGUCCAUUAUGAGCCCAGAGCUGCUUCAGACUCAUUUGAAAGGUUAUGUGAAGGGUGUAAUAAGUGAAGAAUUGCUCACCCAUGCUGAAGUAGUGCAACUAUCCAAAAAAAUUAAAACUGGUCUUGUCGUAGACGAGCAAAAAUCAAGAUUGAAAGGAAGAUUAGGAUGUGAACCUUCAGAGGAGCAACUAGCAAGAUCCUUGAGAAUGUCUCGUGCUGAUUUACAAUCAACUCUGAUUGAGUGCUCUUUGGCAAGAGAAAAGCUGGCUAUGAGCAAGUUCGUCUAG